AGCAGGGGCGCGGGCGGGCGGACCGGGAGAAAGGUCGGGGCCAUGGGCCCGCGCUGCGCCUCCAGAGGGUCCGGCCACCGCUGGAACCCGAGGCCUGGGCUGGGGGCGCUCGGGGCUCCGACCCGCGGCCCGGCCGCCCCCGCAUGAGUCGGCUGAGGGGCGGCCCGCCGCAAGCUAGAGACAGAGCGGAGGCCGCGCACGGCCCGCGGGCGCCUUCAGGAUGCUCAUCAAGGAGUACCACAUCCUGCUGCCCAUGAGCCUGGACGAGUACCAGGUGGCCCAGCUGUACAUGAUCCAGAAAAAAAGCCGGGAGGAGUCGAGCGGUGAGGGCAGCGGCGUUGAGAUCCUGGCCAACCGACCCUACACGGAUGGGCCUGGGGGCAGCGGGCAGUACACUCACAAGGUCUACCACGUGGGCUCCCACAUCCCAGGCUGGUUCCGGGCACUGCUGCCCAAGGCCGCCCUGCAGGUGGAGGAGGAAUCAUGGAAUGCCUACCCUUACACGCGGACUCGGUACACCUGCCCUUUCGUGGAAAAAUUCUCCAUUGAGAUUGAGACCUAUUACCUGCCUGAUGGGGGGCAGCAGCCAAAUGUGUUCAACCUCAGUGGGGCUGAGAGAAGACAGCGCAUCCUGGACACCAUUGACAUCGUGCGCGAUGCGGUGGCCCCAGGCGAGUACAAGGCAGAAGAGGAUCCCCGGCUGUACCGCUCGGUCAAGACGGGGCGGGGACCGCUGGCGGAUGACUGGGCCCAGACGGCCGCCCAGACGGGGCCCCUCAUGUGCGCCUACAAGCUGUGCAAAGUGGAAUUUCGCUACUGGGGCAUGCAGGCCAAGAUCGAGCAGUUCAUCCAUGAUGUCGGGCUGCGCCGUGUGAUGCUGCGGGCCCACCGGCAGGCCUGGUGCUGGCAGGAUGAAUGGACGGAGCUCAGCAUGGCCGACAUCCGGGCACUGGAGGAGGAGACGGCCCGAAUGUUAGCUCAGCGCAUGGCCAAGUGCAACACGGCCAGUGAGGGGCCUGAGGCCCAGUCCCCGGGGAAGCCCAGUGUGGAGGCUCGCCCAGGAGCUGGCCACUCUGGGACCCCGGACGGGCCAGAGGCGGCCCCCGGCCCCGAUGCCUCACCAGACACCAGCUUCAGCAAGCAGUGGUCCUCGUCCUCCCGCUGCUCUUACUCCUCCCAGCAUGGAGGGGGUGUGUCUCCGCAGAGCCUGUCUGAGUGGCGCAUGCAGAACAUCGCCCGGGACUCGGAGAAUAGCUCAGAAGAUGAGUUCUUUGAUGCCCAUGAAGGCUUCUCGGACAGCGACGAGGUCUUCCCCAAGGAGAUGACCAAGUGGAACUCUAACGAUUUCAUUGACGCCUUCGCCUCCCCGUCAGAGGCCGAGGGGGCACCAGAGCCUGGAAACGAGGCUUCCAAAGGCCUGGAGCAUGGAACGCUGGCACCCCGGGACUCAGAGGGCCCCGAUGGAGCCCGCGAGCUUGGGGCCGAGGCCUGUGCGGUGCACGCCCUCUUCCUCAUCCUGCACAGCGGCAACAUCCUGGACUCAGGCUCCGGGGACGCCAGCUCCAAGCAGGCCGAUGUGCAGACGCUGACCUCGGCCUUUGACGCCGUCACCCGCAUCCACUUCCCCGAGGCCCUGGGCCACGUGGCUCUGCGGCUUGUGCCCUGCCCACCCAUCUGCGCUGCUGCCUAUGCGCUGGUCUCCAACCUGAGCCCCUACAGCCAUGACGGCGACAGCCUGUCCCGCUCCCAGGACCACAUCCCUCUGGCCGCCCUGCCACUGCUGGCCACCUCGUCUUCCCGCUACCAGGGCGCUGUGGCCACUGUCAUUGCGCGCACCAACCAGGCCUACGCAGCCUUCCUGCGCUCCUCGGAGGGUACCGGCUUCUGUGGGCAGGUCGUGCUGAUCGGAGACGGUGUGGGUGGCAUCCUGGGCUUUGAUGCGCUCUGCCAAAGCGCUGGCACGGGCACCGGGAGCCGGAGCAGCAGCCGCCGUGGAAGCAUGAGCAAUGAGCUGCUGUCCCCGGAGGUGGGCCCCACGCGGGACCCACUGGCGGAUGGCGCAGCAGAGGGGCUGGGCGUCGGGCGGGCCAGCCUAGAGCCCUCCUCCCUGACUGUCCAGCGCACCACACCUACCCCAGAGCCCGAGGGCGCUCCGAACAGCCUGCAGGCGGCCCCUGCCUCCGGGGAGCCCAGGCGGCCCAGCACAGUCUCCUGCCCAGCUGGUGCUGAAGUGCCCGACGGCCCCACCAGCACUGCCCGCCUGGACUUCAAGGUCUCCGGCUUCUUCCUGUUCGGCUCCCCGCUGGGCCUGGUGCUGGCCCUGCGGAAGACUGUGAUGCCCGCCCUGGAGGUGGCCCAGAUGCGGCCGGCCUGCGAGCAGAUCUACAACCUCUUCCACGCUGCUGACCCCUGUGCCUCCCGCCUCGAGCCCCUGCUGGCCCCCAAGUUCCAGGCCAUCGCCCCACUGGCUGUGCCGCGCUACCAGAAGUUCCCCCUGGGAGAUGGCUCAUCCCUGCUGCUGGCCGACACCCUGCAGACACACUCAGGGCUCUUCCUGGAGGAGCUGGACAUGUUGGUACCCUCAACGCCCACCUCAGCCAGUGGCGCCUUCUGGAAGGGCAGCGAGUUGGGGGGCACGGAGCCCUCAGCCCAGCCGGCAGCUCCCAGCACCACCACUGAGGUGGUUAAAAUCCUGGAGCGCUGGUGGGGGACCAAGCGCAUCGACUACUCCCUGUACUGCCCCGAGGCGCUCACUGCCUUCCCCACCGUCACACUGCCCCACCUCUUCCAUGCCAGCUACUGGGAGUCGGCUGACGUGGUAGCCUUCAUCCUGCGCCAGGUGAUUGAGAAGGAGCGGCCCCAUCUGGCCGAGUGUGAGGAACCAUCCAUCUACAGCCCGGCCUUCCCCAGGGAGAAGUGGCAGCGAAAACGGACACAGGUCAAGAUCCGGAAUGUCACUUCCAACCACCGGGCCAGCGACACCGUGGUGUGUGAGGGCCGCCCGCAGGUGCUCAGUGGGCGCUUCAUGUACGGGCCCCUGGACGUGGUCACACUCACGGGAGAGAAGGUGGAUGUAUACAUCAUGACCCAGCCACUGUCAGGCAAGUGGAUCCACUUUGGCACCGAGAUCACCAAUAGCUCGGGCCGCCUCACCUUCCCCGUGGCCCCUGAGCGCGCUCUGGGCAUUGGCGUCUACCCCGUGCGCAUGGUGGUCAGGGGCGACCACACCUAUGCUGAGUGCUGCCUAACCGUGGUGGCCCGUGGCACUGAGGCGGUGGUCUUCAGCAUUGACGGGUCCUUUACUGCCAGCGUCUCCAUCAUGGGCAGCGACCCCAAGGUGCGCGCUGGUGCGGUGGAUGUGGUCAGGCACUGGCAGGACGCCGGCUACCUGAUCCUGUACGUCACAGGCCGCCCCGACAUGCAGAAACACCGAGUGGUGGCCUGGCUGUCCCAGCACAACUUUCCCCAUGGCGUUGUCUCCUUCUGCGACGGCCUCAGCCACGACCCGCUGCGCCAGAAGGCCAUGUUCCUGCAGGGCCUGGUGCAGGAGGUGGAACUGAACAUUGUGGCCGGCUAUGGGUCCCCCAAAGACGUGGCCGUGUACGCGGCACUGGGCCUGUCCCCCAACCAAACCUACAUCGUGGGCCGAGCCGUGCGGAAGCUACAGGCACAGUGUCAGUUCCUGUCCGAUGGCUACGUGGCCCACCUGGGCCAGCUAGAGGCGGGCUCACACUCACAUGCCCCUGUGGGCCCCCCGCGAGCCACCUUGACCAAGAACACCUAUGGCGUGGCUGCCCCCGUGGACUUCCUGAGGAAACAGAGUCAGCUGCUCCGCUCCAGGGGCCCCAGCCAGGCGGAGCGCGAAGGCCCAGGGACGCCACCCACCACGCUGUCCCGGAGCAAAGCUCGCAGCAUCAGCCUCAAGCUGGACAGUGAGGAAGAGUGAGCCGUGCCCGGCAGGACUGGGUCA